CUCGGAACUAUUGCUCUGUGCGCUGGAAACCGUUCUGUCGGAUUAGCCACCAUGAGCAACAAAAGAAAGCGUGACGAUUCAGGUGAACCUCCAACGCAUGCACGGAUUACCUACCACGCCUGUGGGAUGGUCGUGAAAUUGAAACAAAUGAGAUCAAACGCGCUCCUGGACCUCGACGACGACGACGAUUUUGAAGCAUUGCGUGUGCAGGCAUUACGGGAUGCACAUUCCACUAUCGACAUCAAGGUAACCGUAGAGGAGGAUCAAUCCAAGGUUUCUACCGUUCCAGUUGAUAGACCUCAACAGUCCGUUCCUGCACCCUCGCAUGACGCCGAGCCAGUUGCCGUGCAUCGCACUGCAAGGGAUAAGGAACCUAGUGAGGAGCCCAAGAGCAAAGCUAAAGGCAAGAAGGGAAACCCUCCACCCAAAGACGUCCAAUUGGCAGCAUCAUCGACUCAAGAAAUUCCAGCGCAACCUGAGACGGAGGCAAAUAGAGUUUCCGUUGUGAUUAAGUCAAGCGUCAAGGGUAAACACGCAAAUGAGCCACCCAAGAAAAAACACAAACAUACGAAGGAGAACGUUGUUUUUGCAAGUAGUGAACCUGCUACAGCGGGGGAAUCCUCGAAAUCCAUCGAAGGCUUGAAAGACAACGAGGCAUCAAUGUCUGGUGAAGCACCCCCAUCCACAGACAAUAUACGAGAGCAAGUGAGCGUGGCAGAAGGACCUUCCGACGACCAUUCGACCGAGGCAGUUCCAUCUACUGACACAAAGAAAUCGAAGCAGCCGAGAAAGAGCAAGAGUCGGCUCAGCCUAAAGUCACGGGAUGCAGACGGUGGUGAAGAGGGACCUCCCAAGUCUAUCAAGCCUAAAGGCAGCCAACAGUUGACUGACAAAGGUGCGAAGUCAAAAGUAACAAAGAAAUGUGGGGUUUACGAAGUAUCAGAGCCUUCUCUGGCGGAAGGUAGACAAUCUGCUGCCCCGGCCACAGGUUCGCCCGAGAAUGACCCAAGCAAAUCUGAUCACGAUGGCACCGCACCUUAUUCAGCCUCUAAGAAGGCUUUGAAGAAAACAUCAGGUGGAGGACCGAGAGUUGAUACGCCCGAAAAAAGGGGCAACGGUGGCGGCAGCACUGCGGUUGAUGAGAGCCGUGUCAGCAACACCUCGCUGUCUAAUCCUUCGCUCCUAGACGCAGAGGCAUGGAGUGAACUUCUUCAGAAGCUUAAAGAUGAUGUUGCGGAGCUUCAAAAUCAAGAGGGGAGUAUUUCUGCGUCAUGUGAAACUAAGAAGAAAGUAGCAGCCAAGAAAUCGAGGAGAUCCAUCGCUUCCCUUUCCACCAAUUCAUCCUCAAAACAUACACCCACGCCACCCACUGAUCUCAGUUUAACCGAAGCCCCUUUCCUUGCUACUCACCAUGAUAGCAUCUCCGCUGCGCACGCGCCCUGUAAAAGUCUUUCCAGUGGCUCGCAUUGUCUUGUUUGUCUUCAAAAGCCUUUUCACGCCAUCCACCACUGUCCAAUCCUCCUCAAAGGACCCCAUGUUAUUCAGCAACGUUUGGAUGAGCUUAAGCAGUCUGACCUAAGAGAUAGCCAGAAUCUCAUCGGGGAACUUGAAGCUCUCGUUCGGCGGCACAAAGGCGGUGAUACGGUAACAACUGCACACAGUUCACUUCCAGACGAGGCUACUUGCGGAACGGAUGCACAUUCCCCCCCUGCAGCAUCCUCUUCAUCGCAAUCUCUUGCUCUCAAUGCUAUACCUGGUGGCCCGCAUCUCGUUGAUGCGGUCGGGAGUAGCAAUGAGGAAUCCACUGCGGAAAGUUCGGAAGAAGAUGGGGAAAGGGUCGCACGGACAACAUAUCCGCUAAAACCCCCUCUGACAAGGCCAUCCGCAUCUUAUGGUGAUGACAUGCUCGAAGCCGUCGUACGUGGGCCGGCCCCCCGUCGCGUCCUAUCGAAUAUCUUGAAAGAGCUGCAAGAAGAAGAGACGCAACAGGUACAUUUAAUAGAGGAGUGUGGUCGGCGAGCUAAUCGACGGUUCCAGCAGGGAUCGGUGCCUUCUUCUACCGAUGAGGAUGAGGAGCCCCCGGGGUCAUCCCCUGCUAUUUCGAAUAGGGGCAGGAGUUCUCACAGCGUCACUUCUCGCUUGGGACCCACCACUCGAACUCUACGUGGAAAACCGAGCCUCGAGAGUAAGGACACGCAAGCGGUGCCAAGAACCGAUCCCAACUGGGACAAAACUGGAGCGGCGUCUGGGAAUCAUACAGAACUCCACGAUGACACAAAGUCAUCCAACUCUGGACCGGAACUCCCGUAUCCGUCGGAUACGUACUUCCCCGGGAUCCACCCUACCGAGCCUGACGCGCCCUGUCCCCAGACGGUGGAUGGCUUUGACAUUGUGAGUCAAUCAACACCUAAGUUUUCCAUGAAACGGGACAAGCCUUCCAUGGUGGCUGGACUCUCUACCAGUCAGAAGGCCGCGGGUAAGCCAAAGGUGCUGAAUCUAGAACCGUUACCAUCUGCCUUCGCGCCAAAGGUGACAAAUCCUCGAGGAAAUAAGGAGAGUAAGAGGUCUACGAAGAUUGUGGAGAAGACUCCAGUCACAAAACCGUCUGCUAAAGGCACUACGAGUGGCGUUACGACGAACGGCCAUUCGGCACCGACGCCCUCUUUGGUGACGUGGGAGACGAUGCGCGAGCCAACGCCGUCUGUGCAAUGUGAUGAGUUGGUAUCCAGUAGUCCUCAGGUCGAAGAACAUAUUAGCCUAGCCACCAAGACUGAUCGCUUGAACGGUGGCCGGAAGGAGCGGUUGUUUGACCUCACGCCAAGUCAAAUCCCGUUCCCGUAUUCCCAGUACACCCCACCACAAGUUUCGGCGCCUCAGUCGUCAGAGAUAGAUCAGAAUAGUGUCAAGGAGCCGCCGCCCAAGCGUCCUCCGCAAAAAAAUAGGUUCUAUCGGUCUUUGACGGCACUCGCUUCGGAAGCCUCUUCGCUCUUUCCAUCAAGCCUGCCGACUCCAAGGGUUGCAACUGCGGAUGGCAAGGCGCCGAGGGAGGGCACCGAAGACGAUACCUCCAAUGAUGAUGAUGACGACGACUCGUCUAGUUCUGAGACGGACGAUCCCAUGGCCAGCUCCAUAUUACCAAAUAAAAAGAAGAGGGGACUUUUGCAUGGCCUUUGACCUACUCCAGUUCAGUGCAAUCAUGUUUCUCGAUCCUUGCGGACUAGCAUCCUCGUUAUAUCUACAGUAAUGCUACUACGACAUAUUAAUUGUCGGUGAUGAUCAGAUUUACUAUAUCACGACGAUGCACUACGCGACCC